CAGCUAAAGAAAGUAAACAACAGACCUUAAAACAAGAUACACCAGCAACUUUAACACGGUUUCCUUUACAAAAUUAAACAUAUUAAUUAAUAAGUUAAGCCAGUAGAACCAUUACAGUUUUAAAAUCAGCCACAAUUCCCUACUUUCACCCAGCUGGGAACAGCAAGUUAGAGUGACAGUGUUUGAACACCCAGCAUGUUUCUAUGGUUCAAAAUUGCACAAAGGUAUACCAUCCAGCACUACACUAAACUUCUUAUAUUUAAUAUGUUGAUGGUACAUUAUGCCUCUAUGUAACCCCACAUACAUGAAUUGCAAGCCUGUUGUGCACCGCUAAUUAUGAGGGGCCGGUCUAAACCAAAAAUGCCAGGGCCGAUUUUUUGUCCCAGUCCAGCCCUGGCUUUAGGGUGUGACGCACCAAUAAAACAGUUUUUACUUUCUCUUUACUCAGAGCACGGACCAUUUCAUUUCACAAGUCCUCCUGCAACAUGAAGUAUCCUUGCAUCUUACUUCUCCUUUUACAGCAAGUGAAGGCUGAUGAUCUUCGGUAUGACAGCUGUGUUUACUGGAUGGUCUCUGAAGGAUUCGGACUGCCUCAAUUUUCAGAAAGGAGAGUAAUGAAUGAUGUCACUCUCUACCAUCAUGACAGCAGUUUAGACUCCAAAAUGCCCUGUCCUGAUUGGCUCAACACCACUGCAGGGAAAGAGUACUGGAAAAUCUUUUAUCACUGGACAGAAUACAACAGAGAUGUUUCUACCCUCGGUUUACAGUUGGCUACUGAACAGUUCAACCAGACAGGUUCAUUGACUGAUCGUAACAUAUAUCAGGGAUUUGGAUGCUGCUCUCUGUAUCCGAAUGGGACGUACAGGACGUUGCUGGCCCACGCAUUCAACGGCAAAGACUUCAUAAGUUUCGACUUUCAUACUAAGACAUUUGUAGCUGCAGUUCCUCAGGCUGUCCUGUACAAGAGUCUGAGGGAUAAAGAUUUAGCCAAUAUAGAAGACAUAGUAGCACUCUACAAAACACCAUGUUUGGAACGACUGAAGAUAUUAAAGGAUGCUCCAAGAGUCAAAACCAGAAAAGCUCCAGAAGUUCGGAUCAUUGAGAAGAAGAACACCGGUUCUGUUACAGUCACGUGUCAUGUGACGGGGUUUUACCCCCGGGAGGUUCAGGUGUUCUGGCUCGGUUCAGAUCUUCAGCCUGUGGAUGAAGGAGUCACUGAGAUCUUACCCAAUGGUGAUGGAACCUACCAGACCAGAAAGAGUGUGAUAGUUCCAGAGGAGGAUGUAGGAAAACAGAACUACAGCUGUGUAGUUCUUCACAUCAGCAUACCCAACAACAUCACCACAGUCUGGGCGGGAGAGAAAGCCGGUGGUGUUGCUGUCUGGGGUUCUGUUUGCGUAUGUAUUCUAUUGGCUGCUGCAGUUGGAUUUGGAGUAUGGUGGUGCCGCCGCAAAACUCGGGAUGCUGUCAUCUGAGCCUGCUGUCUGAACACUGGGAUAAAGAACAGUAAAGUUUAUGUAUAUAAAUGUAAUCAUGUAUAUCAAAAAUUAAUUUUUGCCUCAUA